AUGAUUGUAAGCAAAAACUUAAACCAUUUAGGGUUUACAUGCUGCAAUAAAGAACUGGAAGAGGCAAUGACCUCAUCUAUGAAUUCAAAGGAUCUGCUCGGAACAGCGGACAGUAUUCAGAAAAAAGCUGAGGGAAAACUGGGAGGAAAAUUUGAAACUGUGGUAUCGGCAGACGAUUUCGCGUACAAAAGUCAUUUUAAAGAUGGUAAAACAUGUAAAGUCGAAAAAGAUGGACAGUAUGCCCUUGCAUGGCAACCAUAA